UGCCGCCAUUUCACGUGAAAAACAGCGCGGUGAAAGAAACAAGUAGAGCGAUACUAUCAGAAAAACAUCGAGAUUUUGAAUUCAGCUCAUCGGUUACAGCUUUAACACGCACUGUAGCGGAUUAAUAGCACGCUAGGGUCUAAAGGUUUUUGUCCUAACUGGCCUGCUUAGUUGUCUGGAAAAGAAGAAAAUGAGCUACGGAAGGCCGCCGCCAGACGUUGAGGGGAUGACCUCCCUAAAGGUGGACAACCUGACUUACCGAACUUCGCCGGAGACUCUGCGCCGAGUUUUUGAGAAGUACGGCCGUGUGGGAGAUGUGUAUAUCCCGCGGGACAGGUACACCAAGGAGAGCCGAGGCUUCGCUUUCGUGCGGUUCCUCGACAAGCGCGACGCCGAAGACGCAAUGGACGCCAUGGACGGCGCGCUGCUCGACGGGCGGGAGCUUCGGGUUCAGAUGGCUCGAUACGGAAGGCCGCCAGACUCCAUGUACAGCCGGAGAGGCCCUCCGCCAAGGAGAUACGGAUACGGACGCAGAAGCAGGAGCCGUUCAGCCAGUCCUCGCCGUCGAAGACGUAGCCGCAGCCGGUCCAGGAGCAGAAGCCGCUCGAGAUCCAGGAGCCGCCACCAUUACAGCCGCUCCAGGUCCCGUUCCUACUCCAGAUCCAGGUCCAAGUCUAAGUCCAAAUCCAGAACCCCCCGGCGGAGCAAGUCAAAGUCGCCCUCCAGAUCUCGGUCCCGUUCCAGGUCCAAGUCAAGGAGUCGAACCCCAGCUUCCAACAGAGGGUCCAAGUCGAAGUCGAAGUCGAAGUCCAGGUCCAGGUCCAGGUCCAAAUCCAAGAGUAGACCUAAAUCCCCAGGGGACGCCGGAGCAGAGUCUUAACCCAAAUGCGGAUGCAACAUGACGGUAUAAAAGGGGAAGGGGAAAGGGUGGCUCAUGUUACUAGUUUCAAUUAUAUUAACUAGGGUGGUAAUCAGCCACCAGUUGGGUUUGUGUUCUGCAGUCUUUGACAUUAUGGCCAUUUACAUACAAAAGUCUGCAGAAUCCCCGAUAUUUGUGUUAUUUAAAUAAGAGUUGGACUGUUGUAGCCAACAGUCCUAGUUCUGUGUGUGCUUUACUUUGCUUGCAUGUUCAGCCAAUCUAAAGCAUGCACAGGCAAUGGGAGAUUGGGAUAUUUGAUGAGUAUGUAUGGGAGGGAGUGGGUGGUUGGGACGUGGGGGGGUACUUCACUCAAAACGUUCACCUAAAUGUGGAAUUCUUUCCUCCAAGCUGCGGAGUCCUGUUUGCAAAGGGAGGAGGAGGAGAUGGGGGUGUUGCAGUGUGAGAGCAGUUAGUGUGUGACCCGCCCAUGUGACCUGCCUGUUGCUGAGAGCGAUGGCAGGUACUAAGGAGCAGGUCAACAAGGCAACGAUGGUUGCUAUGGAGCAGGUCGUCAUGGCGGUGGUUCGGGCUGUCAGUUGGUGUAUGAGGUGGUGUGGUGAGGUACGUUCACGGGGACCACAGGCAGAUGCACUGUGGUGUCCUCCGCCUCUCACAAAGGGAACGGACCCCGAGGUUUGUUUUUCCAAAUAUGCCCGAGUGUAAGAGACUUGUUAGAGCUAGUUUUGGGGAGAGUGAGGGCCAAGAAAGGUGUUGUUUUUUUGUUUUUAUUUUGUUUGUUAACUAAUGUGUCAAUAAAUAGAAAUGUUAGGCUUAUUAAGAGAAAUUAAUGUCUAAACAGCCAGUUUGAUGUGUCAGGAGAAAGAUCAGUACAAAACUACAUGUUAUAAUCCAGGUCAGCUGCAGGAGUUGAUGUAACCUCUGGGUUUGGCUCUUGCUGACUCUGUUCUGUCUUUCCUUCCAGAUCUCAAAUGAUUGAUGCUAUGCUGAGGACAUCAGGAAGAGUCUCAGAUUGAAGUGGACUCAACUAUUGCCACUGAAUGCAGACUGAAAGGUUAUUGGAACUUGGUCUAACAUGUUUUAAAUGUCUAAUUUGACUUGAUCUACCUAAACAAAUUCUGUAAAUUUAGCAUGAUUCAUCAUUGUUUGUAAAGCUGAGCUUAUUCAAAGGUAUUUGUGAGGUUUUUUUUCUUCUUCCGUCAUUUAAAUUUUCUUUUUUCACUUUGAUUUUUACACUUAAUUAUUCUGAACUAAAGAUUUUCCUCCAGUGAAAACCCUUGUUUACACACCCUUCCCAGUUGGCUAUGGAAAGUUUGAAGUUGUUUAAGGGGGGGUGUUAUUCAGUGUAUUUACAGCUAUGUUUUACCACUCUUAUUUGGAAAAUUGCUUGUUGCUCAGUGACAAGUAACCCACUUAAUUUGUGACCUGCUAAUCCAGCAGCAUACAUUUUUCUUUUCUGUCAAUUUUUUUUUUCUGUCUGGUUAAAGUUGCUUUCCUAUGACUCUAACCCUCUUUCUUGUGUAUCUUUUGUGCACUAGGCGCAGUUGUGUAGCAGUUGAAUAAUGCUGGUUAGCUGUUAAGAUGCGGUGCAGUGCGGUGGUGACAUGGUGUGGCGUGUUGCGGUGCUGAGUGCCCGGCGCUGUUCCGGGGCUCGACCCUCCGCUGCUGUUUGCCGGUUUGUAAGCUCACAGGUGUGGCAGAUCAUCCAUCCUCUCCUGUCUUGUGACUUCACCUUCCCUCCAUGUGCUGUACAGAUCCUCUUCUUUCUUUUCUUUUUAUUCUCCCUCCUCCUUUCCCCCCUUGCUCCUCUCUAUGGUUUAUCAACUGUUGAUAACUGGCCUUGCUCGCUUUGAAAGUGGUUCCAGUGGGACUCCUAGUUGAAGGGUUUCAAGGGCAGUUCUGCCUGCUUUAUGAUAUGUAUUGCAUUCCUCUGUGAACCUCUCAAAUGUCUUGUAAGUGCUUAAGGUGAAUGCUAAUAAACAUUUUUGUUUAAAAUAAAA